AUGUCGUCCAUGCGUGGUCUUGUCCAAUUCAUUGCCGAUCUACGUAACGCUCGAGCUCGAGAACUUGAGGAGAAACGAAUAAACAAGGAAUUAGCCAACAUCCGACAAAAGUUCAAGAGCGAGAAACUCGAUGGAUACCAGAAGAAGAAAUACGUCUGCAAGUUACUCUAUAUUUAUAUUCAAGGAUACAAUGUCGAUUUUGGUCAUCUAGAGGCCGUCAACCUCAUCUCCGCAACAAAGUAUUCGGAAAAGCAGAUUGGCUACCUCGCAGUUACCCUCUUCCUUCACGAGCAACACGAACUCCUCCAUCUCGUUGUCAACAGUAUCCGCAAGGACCUGCUUGAUCACAAUGAGCUCAACAACUGUCUGGCCCUUCACGCUGUGGCCAAUGUCGGUGGAAAAGAAAUGGGUGAAGCCCUAGCCGUCGAUGUCCACCGUCUCCUCAUAUCCCCAACCUCGAAGUCUUUCGUCAAGAAGAAGGCGGCAUUGACUUUACUGCGACUGUACAGAAAAUAUCCAGGCAUAAUACAACCUGAAUGGGCGGAAAGAAUAAUUUCAUUGAUGGACGACCCAGACAUGGGAGUUGUGUUGUCUGUGACAUCCUUGCUUAUGGCCUUGGUUCAAGACAAUCCCGAGGCCUUCAAAGGCAGCUAUGUCAAGGCCGCCCAGCGAUUGAGGAGAAUCGUCCUUGAAAAUGAUGUCUCUCCGGAUUACUUCUAUUAUAAAGUUCCAUGUCCCUGGAUCCAGGUCAAAUUCCUGAAAUUGCUACAGUAUUAUCCUCCUUCGGAAGACACCCAUGUACGGGAAAUUAUACGCGAUUCUCUUCAGGCGAUUCUCCAAUACGCCACGGAAGCACCCAAGAAUGUGCAACAAAAUAAUGCACAGAAUGCAGUUCUCUUCGAAGCGAUCAACCUACUCAUUCAUCUUGAUUCAGAGCAUGGGUUGAUGGUGCAAAUAUCCAGCAAGCUGGGCAAAUUCAUCCAAUCAAGAGAGACCAAUGUACGCUAUCUGGGCUUGGAUGCUAUGACACAUCUGGCUGCACGUUCAGAUACCCUCGAUCCUAUUCAACGCCAUCAGAGUCUCAUUAUUGGAUCACUACGUGAUCGAGAUAUCAGUGUGCGAAGAAAAGGAUUGGAUUUACUAUACAGCAUGUGUGACACUUCCAACGCACAACCUAUCGUGAACGAACUGUUGAAAUACUUACAGUCAGCCGACUACUCGAUUCGAGAGGAGAUGACAUUGAAAAUCGCCAUUCUCACAGAGAAAUAUGCAAGUGAUGCUCAGUGGUAUAUUGAAAUUACCAUGCGACUUCUAGCCAUGGCUGGAGAUCAUGUCAGUGAUGAAGUGUGGCAACGAGUGGUGCAAAUUGUCACUAAUAAUGAAGAAUUGCAAGCUUAUGCUGCACAACAUAUCUUUGACUACAUCAAAAGCGACAAUAGCCAUGACACACUCGUCAAAAUUGGUGGCUAUCUUUUGGGGGAGUUUGGACAUCUUAUUGCAGAUAACAAGGGAUGCAGUCCGAUCGAACAAUUGAUGGCUUUACAGAACAAGAUGAUCUCAGCACCAGAUGCAACGAGAGCAUUACUCUUGUCCACCUUUGUCAAGUUCGUCAACCUCUUCCCGGAGAUCAAACCACAAUUAUUACAAAUGUUCCAGUUCUACAGCCACUCUCCCGACUCGGAAUUGCAACAAAGAGCUUGUGAAUACCUGGCUAUCGCAACUCUUCCAGCUGAUGACCUACUGAGAACAAUCUGUGAUGAGAUGCCACCAUUUUCUGAAAGAGCCUCAAUUCUGCUUCAAAGGCUGCACAAGAAAAGUGCAGGGACCAGUGAACGACGAACAUGGCUGGUGGGAGGAAAGGAUGCAAAUGCCGACAAGCAAGAGAUUAUUCUCGCUCAGCAGACUGGCUUGAAACGAACCUUCACCACAAUUGUCAAUGGAAACCAAGGUGGUUCAGGAAGUAACGGCCUAGCCCCUAAAGCGACCGGACAAAAUGGUUCUGCGGCAAAUGACCUAGCUGGACUAGACAUGAAUGGGCACACUAACGUUAACUCGAUGCCCAAUCUCGCCAGUACAACGCACUUGUCACCAGACUGGGAGAUUGGGUAUGAGCAGAUGUAUUUUGCAAAUGAAGGGGUUCUUUUCGAAGAUCCUCAGAUCCAGGUGGGAGUGCGAGCUGAGUAUCGGGGCCAUCUAGGUGUGAUCAAGCUGUAUUUCACCAACAAAGCGUCAUUCCCAGUGGGAUCAUUCACAACCACAUUGGACAACAAAUCUGCACCCAAUCUCAAGGUCGACACGAAAAGUCUUCCAGAUCCGUCGGUAGAAUCCGAAUCUCAAGUUCAACAGACGAUUGUUUGUACAUCUGUUGGAGCGUUUUCUGAAGCACCGACCAUCCGCAUUUCAUAUCUUGCCGGCGCACUUCAAGCCUACACACUCAAGUUACCCAUACUUCCUCACCGCUUUAUGGAUCCUUCCGAGUUAUCAGCUGAAGAUUUCUUCAAGCGCUGGCGGCAAAUUGGAGCAGGGCCUAUGGAGGCACAGAGUACGUUUGGUCUCCGAUCACCUUCGGCCGCCAUGAGUGAUAAAUAUGCACGGGAGGUUGUACUUGGGUUCCGAUGGAAGAUAUUGGACACGGUAGAUCCCAAUCCGCGAAAUAUUGUUGGCUGUGCAGUACUUCAGCUGGAAAAGGGCAAGACAGGGUGUUUGUUGAGAUUGGAGCCCAAUCCUCAACAGAAGGUAUGA